AUGGAUGCCUCUGAAGCCCCCGAUGACCCACCUUCAUUCAAUGUAAACAGGAACACCUUGAGUGAAUCAAAAUGCGAUAUUUCAGAAACCCUGAGUCGCCUGUCUCUCGUCAAUGCAACUUCCACUCCUUUACCUCCCUCUCCUUCACUGCUCCUUCCUGACACCUCGUCGUCUUCUUUUCCCUUGAACCAUCCCACACCAAGACCAAGACGCACCCCCAGCUCCAAUUCUUUGCGUGACGAGCGUCGCAAAUCUAUACCUAUUCUUCAAAAACGUUCGUCAACAGCGUCGCUAAGGUCUACCUCGGGGAAUCAUCGUCCGUCCUCUCCGAAACCAGAUCAAUCGCGCCACUCAUCUGCCAAUUUCGCGGGAUCCCCGAAGUCCGGCGCGUCGCCCGCCAUGACGAUUUCGCAGGGCCUCGCAGUUACCCCUCCAAAGUCGCCCGUUAUGAUACAACGCCUCACGCUUACUCCCCCAAAGCCCCCCGUCGCGUCACAGCGUGCCACAAUCACUCCGCCAAAGGCCCCCAUCGCCGUGACACAGCGGCUUACACUUACUCCUCCAAAGCUCCCCACGGCAGCUUCGAUCGCGGCUGAACAUUUUGAAAAAGAGAUUGAUCUGCACCAAGCAGUUGAUUUGCACUCUCAAGCAGUCGUCGUCAUUCAUGAUGCUUGUUAUGGCCACCGUUUCGCGCGCCCUCGCACGACCAAGGCAAGGCUAAAUGAAAUCGUUGAGCGCCCAGAGCGCCUUCGUGCCUGUGUUGCAGGAGUGUCAGCUGCAUAUGUCCGACUUGCUCGCCGACAUGCAGGGGAACCCACUGCGCCCCACCCUCUUCUCGACAUCAACAUUUUACCUCCGCCUCCCUUCCAAAUUCGCAAAUCGUCACGCUCCUUGUCCCUUACCAAUGAAGCCGUCACCAGUGUCCACGGAGCCCUUACGGGAGAACUCAAGGAGAUGUGUGAACUUUCCGAGUCACGCCUCGUCAUGGGCACUAGCGAGUUGGUUCGAAAACGUACCCAUGACGACAUGGGUAACGACACCACCGGACCAGAGCUCCACGCUGGAGAUCUUUACCUUUGUGCAGAGUCGCAACAAGCCUUUGAGGGUGCACUAGGUGCAGUUUGUGAUGGCAUCGACACAGUUCUCGGUCCUGGACCAACCAAUCGUGCCUUUGUUUGUAUUCGCCCACCUGGUCAUCAUUGCGCAGCCGACUUUCCAUCUGGAUUUUGCUGGGUGAACAACGUCCAUGUUGGUAUUUCAUACGCAGCUACCAAGCACAACCUGACUCAUGCCGCUAUCUUGGACUUUGAUUUGCACCAUGGCGAUGGAUCUCAGGACAUUGCCUGGGAACACAACCAAAAGGUAUGGGAAGCUUCGGGCAAGAGUUCUGCGUACGACAAAACCCCAAUCGGAUACUACAGCCUUCAUGACAUCAACUCCUACCCAUGCGAGAAUGGAAAACCUGACAAGGUUCGCAAUGCAAGUGUCUGUCUUGAUGCGCAAGGCCAGUCAAUCCACAACAUUCAUCUCGGUACCUGGGAGACAGAAGCUGAGUUCUGGGACUUGUAUGAGACAAAGUACAAGAUCCUGAUUGACAAAGCACGCGAUUUUCUGCGAAAGCAAACCAAAACUCUCGCCAAGGCACCCAAGGGUCCGCGUCCCAAGGCAGCUAUCUUCAUUUCCGCUGGCUUUGAUGCAAGCGAAUGGGAAAGUACCGGCAUGCAGCGCCACAAAGUCAACGUGCCAACUGAAUUUUAUGCCAAAUUCACCGCAGAUGUUCUCCGAAUGUCACACGAAGAAGAUCUCGGUGUUGAUGGCCGUGUAAUCAGUGUACUGGAAGGCGGCUACAGCAACCGAGCUUUGGCUAGUGGUGUGCUCAGUCAUCUGAGUGCAUUGGGUGGCACCUUGCCGAAUAUCACCUCACGCCAAGCUGAUGUCUCCGCUUCAUCCUCCGAAGGCUUGAUCCCCGUUUCAACCCCCGUAUCACCCCCCGCAACAUACCGCGUUGAUUGGUGGUCUCCCGAGAAUCUGAGUGAAAUGGAGGCGCUUAUGUUCCCACCGAGCAAGAGCCGUGAGAAGGCGGCACCGACGUUCUCUAACCCCACUCGCUCUUUCUCAGCCAAGGCACGUGGACGGAAGAGUUUCGGUUCCAACGAAGGCAUUGAUCCCACCAUGCCUCUACCAGAAGUCGGUUGGGCAACAGCCGCGCAUGAGUUGUGGAAAACUCUUGUUCCCCAGGACCGACAAACUGUAAGCUGCAGGCCUGAGGAUUUGAAUGCUGCCGCUACCCGCGAACGGUAUGCUAGCCAAGUUGCGCGAGGCCUUCCUUCCCCGGAAAACUAUGUUAUCCCUGUGCCGCCACCCCCACCCCCACCAGCUCCAAACGAGGACAAGAGACAGCCCCGGGCGAAGAAGUCCAAGUCGCCAGCAACUCCCACCAGUUCUUCUUCUCGUCCUGGUACUCCACGCCAGCAGGCGAUGCGUAACAAGAACCGACGCAAGACCCUUGAUGGCCGUCGCUCGCCUGAUGCUUCAGGCACAUCAUCGCCAAGUGAAGAUGCCAAUCGGCGAAAGAGCGCAACCGCAAUUGCCCCCGUCGAAAUCGGGGAUUUGGGUGGCUCGGAGUCGCAUUUUGGUACAUAUAGCGCAAUAGCGCAUGGAAACUCGACUGCUUCCGGGACUCGUCCGGGGCGUCAGCAACAGCCUCAAAUGAAAAUCGAAAAAACAGCCGCGCCUCAAAGCUCCACUACUGCCCCCGCCAGCAAACUGCCGAAGACCCUGGCUUCGCGUCCGGCUACUCCCAAACGACAAGCCACACCGAGGAAGGCUCCGCCAGUCCCGAAGGUGCCUAGCACAUUCCUGCCGUCAAAAUUGUCCGACCAAGUGAAAAUUCCCGGGGAUGAAGCAGUCGAAGAAUUGACUGCCGGUCUUGACAAUAUCAAACUCGUGUUACCGGAGAAAAAGGAUGCCGACAGUGGGGCAUGA